AUGGAUAUCGAUAUCCAAGACGUCAAGGUCACUUCAUGGUACCUGAAAGGAUUUUUGGCUAUCAGCGCGGUCUCGGUCUUCCUCUUGCUCGUCCUGGGUAUCCUAUACCUCGCGUUUACCCUGCGACACAGGGGCCUCGCACAACGAUCAAGCACAUGGAGAAUCUACUUUCCUCUGGCUGUCUUUGCGCUUCUUGUCGGAUACGUCUUGAGUACUGCAGCGUUCGCGUUGCUCCUUUCUCGCCGCAAAAUCCUAAGUGCCACACACCUCGAAUUUGCUUCGAGAGCCUUCUUAUUACUUGGACAUCUGUUAUUGUACUUUACUAUGAUAGAGAUUCUUCUGGGUACUAGGAAUUCUCGCCAGCGGUCCCAAGCCUGGUCCUUGCUCGCUCGCAUUGCGUAUGGCCUGACAACACUUGUUUUCGUUUCCUACAUCAUUGUCUCUACCAUCUUUCAAAUCAAAGGCAAAGAUGCGUUAGGACUGGAGCUUGAGCUCCUGGUAUUGUCCAAAGUUCAAGCCAUGAUGUUGCGUCUAGCCACAGCAAUCUUUGCGCUAGAAAUCGUGUUGCAUUCCUUGAUGCUUCUGAUAUUCCUACCGGUGAUCGCUUUAUUCUUGGCCAAAUCCCGACAUGACCGAGGCACCAGUAGCAGGGCCGUGCUUGUGGGCGCGUUACUGAUAGCUCUAGUCUACGUUCUCAUGGUUGCUUCCGGGAUCACGCCCGCGGCAAUUGUCCUUAGUGCGCGUUACCAAUACUCCCUGAAACGGAAGCUUGUCAUUGGAGCACUUGCGGCACUCAUCAGACUUCUAGCCUUGUCCAUAAUCCUGUUGAUCAGGUACAAUAUGAACACCUCGAUACCAUCAGUCAGCGGAACAGAUACCUACAAUCCCGAGUUUGAACCACCUAUGUCUUACAUUACUCCUAAUGCGGCCGGGCCAUACAACACUACAUCUCCUAACCCUGAGUCCGGCCCACAUGUCCAUUUCGAUCAUUCCGACGAAGAUAAGACUCAUCCGUCUACCAACAUUGGCUCAGAAACAGGGUCUGCGUCUCCCGUAGAGUCUGACCCUACAAACGAAGGCACAAGUCGUCCUCCUACAGCAAUUGACGCACGGACAGAUCCUGACGAAGCAAAGGGAGACAACACUGAGAAGUCACCGUCGACACUGAGCGAGGACAAACCUCAGCAGCGAGCCGAUGCAGAGUCCUCUCAAACGCACGUCGUUAUUGUUCAGAGAGUGCCUACAGCGCACUCUUGA